AUGAUCAUGGGAUUCCUUGUGCUUGGUGCUGCGGUCCUGGCCGGGGCCACUUCUCCCGACAAGGCCACACAGCUCUCAGAGGCCAUGGCAACGGAUGCAUGCGCUGAGGGGACGUGUGCCUUGCACGCGCUCCAGCAGAACAUCACGGCCCUCCCGGCCAACAGUACGAAGCAAAAGGAACCGGCCAGCGCCGGGAAGCAGCAGGAGCUUGAGGACGAGGACUUCAUCGAUCCGGAGGGCGACCUGCUUGGUGGCGAGAAUUUCGCCGCGGUGAAAGUGGCUGCUGGUUGGUCCCAAGGCGGGGACAAGGUUUGGGGCAGUGGCAGAGGCAUCGAAGAUGUCAACGGUGGCAAUGUCGGCUACUACAACAACGGCAUGGACGCAGCUCACGCACGCUGCGGCGGCAGCCACUGUGCCCUGAUCGUAAACCCACCGGGCCAUCGCAGCAUCAACCAGUUCCACAUCCACUUCGUCUCCUACGCAGGUUAUGGAUCCAACCUCAAGCACAAGCUCGAGAAGAGGGUUUGUGGCAAAAGCGGCUGGCGCAGUGGAGGCCUGCCUUGUCAUGGCAAGGCUAUCUUUGUCAGCGGUUGGCCGAAUGUCUUCUCGGUUGCCAUGGGUGGAGGCGGCAUGAGGCACGCGAGCGUGAUCGCUUGGCCCAGCUCCUGCGGUCACAAGGGGACGAUUAUCGAGUUGGCUUAUGGCUGCAGCAUAGAGCAUCAGAUUCGCGGAGACUACAACCCGGCCUAUCGUUAG